AUGUUCUUCGACCCCGACAGAGACCCGCCCACAGUCAGCCCGCUGUCCCGCACCAUCAGCCUGCCUGCAAUCUAUGAGCUGACGAUCGAAUAUACCGACUACUUUCCCGAGUGCGCGUGCAGCCCCGAGACACAACUGGAACACACUUCCCCGCGACUGAAGCUGGUGGAGAUCGAGCACCGUGACAGGUUUUGCCCUUUGGCUGUCACAGCAUUCACUCCGACCGUUGAAAAGCUCACUCUGGUGGUCACAAAUCACCGCUGUGUAUCCGCAUAUAUCGAAGACAUCAAACACUUGAGACUUCACCCCAAUCUGUCCGUGACUGUGAGGUAUUAUGAUACAACCGCCAUUAACGACAAGGGUAGCCUUCACCGGAAGCUUGAGAGCGUCCAGGCUCACCAAGCCGUGUGGAGUGAAGCGCUUGGUGUGCCCGUUGAGGUGGAAGCGAGACGAGCCCCAUCAACAGGAAUGUGGGGUUGA